CUUCUCUCACAACAACGACCACCUCAAGCCACCACGCGCGAUGCCCGCCCGACAAGACACGACGACGAAGCAGGAAGAGCUCGAUGCCAAGGAGAAUGCGAAGUCUGUCUGGAACAAAGCGAAGAACAAGAGACCGCGGACGGCAAGUAAGGCGUCCAAAGUGCAUUGUCUGUGUCGGAAGCCCGAUGACGGAUCGCCCAUGAUCAGGUGCGAAGAGUGCAGAGAUUGGUACGUCUUAGCUUCACCUUCGCCUGUGGGGGUGCACGAUGGACAGUGGAUUGACUGUUGGACGCGAUAUAGGUUCCACUUCCACUGUGUAAAUCUUGACGAGAGGGAUGCGGAAGAUGCCCAAACGUACAUAUGCCCACCGUGUCAUGAACACACGGGUUUAAGGACGAUCAUGGAAUGGGAAGGCGUGGACGGCCUGGAAGCGAUCAACGACGGCUCAAAACCUAAGGCACCGAUUCGCAAACACCAAAGUCCGGACAGCGGGAGGGACACUGACAUGAACUCACCCGAGUCGGAUAAUGGGAGCGGAGACGAGUACGUUGCGGAGGAGUCCAAACCACGAGUAACAGUCAAGCGUCGCUCUCGCAGAGUAUCAGUUUCGUCCAACUCGGACUCUGAUUCCGAAGGGUCUACCAAGAGACAGAAGGGUUCGAAGCGGCUGCGCCGCACAAGUACCACCACUCAUGAGAGCGGCGUGCGCAAGUCUACUUCUCCUGGCGCGACUUCCUUGGCCAAACGCAGACAACCCGGCACGGCCGAGCCUCCCGCGAAACGUGCGAAGCCCCUUUCUGGCGAAGACCCUGCGCGGAAGUAUUGCCUGACCAAGUUCGAGGAAGUCUUUUGUCCAAUCUUCCUCCGCUACCCUUUCUUGGAUGGCGUGAAGGCAACCCCAGGUCUCUUAGAGCCAAACAAGAAGCAGGAGGAUCUCACUGACGAGGAAAAAGAGAAGUUGGAGAUGACUGCGAGACGCUUCGCUGCCGACCUCGAGCAUCGUGUUUUCGACUUGUAUGCAGACACUGACAAGAAUGGGAAACGCGCCGUGGGAAGCAAGUAUAAGGAGCGUUUCCGGAUGCUGACAUUCAAUCUAAGCAAACCUGACCGUGCCCUACUCCAUAAGCGCAUAGCUUCAUCGAGCCUCACACCCAAUGAACUAUCGACAAUGACAUCCACCGAGCUGGCUGACGAAGAGACAAAGCUAUCCAUCAGGCAUGCUGAAGAGGAGGCGCUUGCUCACUCUAUCCUCAAGAAACAGUCACUUCCCCGUGCGAAAAUCACGCACAAGGGUAUUGAGAAUAUCGAGGAUGUCAACGGUGCUGGGCGUGAUGUUGAGCGUGCGCGUGAGGAGCAGGAGGAGGAAGAGAGGAUCGAGCGCGAGAGGCAGGCUCGUUUGCGGCUCCAGGCUGAGCGUGCACGAUCUGUGAGCACGCAGGGUCAGGGCUCUGUUCCGCCUGAGUCUCCCGUUGUUCCGCAGACCCCCACCUGGGGCGCCCCGCCUCCUGUUCCUUUGCAUGCUUCGCACUCAGAUGUCAAUGCGGGAGCGUCAGUGUCUGGCAUGGGCAGGCCUCCGACGAAUCCGCUAUUCGUACCGACUGCGUCGGAUUAUCAGGUUCCUGUAGAGGGCGAGCUGAACCUUGCCGACUUCAUCAAUAUUGACGAGGACAUUCCGAGCGAUGUUCCCGCCCUUGCACCCACACCGACGCCCUUCGGUGAGGAUACCCCGCCGCCGUUCCAGGCACAGUCCCCCGGUGCCCAAAGCCUACCGCCGUCCGAUGGCCCAGCCCCGACGUCGUCCACAGGAAUAUCGCCAUUUGCGGCGAAACCUGACCUGGCUUCGCGGCCGUCGUUCGAUCUCAAUGCGCUAUGGAUUUCUAAAGGCGAGAAUCCCGGAGAAGAGCAAUCGACUGGGCCUCAGGAUGUGCCGAUGCAGGAUGGAGAGCCGGGGCCAGUCCUUGAGCCGGAUGCUCUGGGUCAGGCAGCUGACGAUCAAGACUUUGACAUGUUCUUGGGCAAGGACGAGGAGGAUCAACCGGCGCCGCCACCCCCGGUGGACAACAGUCCGGAGGGACAGCGUGCUGCAUUCGGAGCACUACCGAGAGUCUGGACAGGCACACUAAGCAUGCCGCUGGACUCGGCUAUGGCUCAAGACGUUUCGCUCAAUGCUCGCCAGAGUGGUGGGCGGAUGCUUGGGGACGACUCGCCUCUUUGGCAAACGUUGUUCCCCUCCAAGGAACUUCGCAUCGAUGGCAGAGUGCCCGUGGAUAAGUCGGCGCAGUAUCUGACGCAGAUGCGCCUGAAUCCAUCGAAGGAGCUCAUAGCUGUGGCCUUCUCUCCCGAGCCUGGCCCUGGGAUUGAGAGCACGGGCUUCAAGCUUCUCAUUGAUCACUUGAUUGCAAAGGGACGACAUGGUCUGGUCUUCCCUUGGGGCAACCGACCGAAGGACUGGGCUCCCGGCCGGGAGCUGUACAUUAUACCUCUACUGAUGAAUGAUCCCAUCCCCGAGUAUAUGGAGCUCCUGGACGAUCUUUGUAUCCCAAAACAACGCACCUCCAAUUACCUCGUGGGUAUAUGGGUCUUGAACAAGGGGAAGCUCGCACCGCCGCCAACAGCAUCUGCUUCUGCGCCACCGUUUUCUGUCCCGGGCGCACCUCCCAUUCAAUUACCGCAAUCGCUCCUCGACCUUCUUCCCUCCAUCACGAAUCAGUCGCAGCCUGAAAUGCAGCCUCAACCCUUCGCUGUACCUCCAGCGCAACCUCCGCCUAUGGGUUCUGCCCUGGCGGCAGAGGUGGCCCAGCUGACCCCGGAGCAGAUUCAGCUCAUGCUGCGUACAUUGACAUCAACUACGCUUGUACCACCGCAGCCCGCUCCCGGUCCAUCACACCCUGCCAUCCCAGCUGUCCCUCAAGUGCCUGUACCGAUCGGCUAUCCCCCGCAACAACCAGUGCUAGGCCAGCAGCCCAUCCCCCUGCAGCCUUGGCUCAACCCCUCAUCGAGUUACCCGCCAUCAUACCAGCCACCUCCGCAGAAUAUGUACCCUGGUCAAGGCCCUCCUCCGUCGCAUUCGUACCCAGACAUGCACCAGGACUACUACGAACGAGACCGGCCGGGUCCGCGUGGCCGUUUCGACGGUCCUGGAGACCGUGGACCCAGAGGGAGAGGACGGCAACGGGGAAGGGGACGCGAUCGCGAGCAGGAUAGGCCGAGAGACUCUGGGUGGAAGAGUCGAGGGAGAGGCGGCGGUGCGUCUGGUCCGCCGCGGGGGCGUGGACGAAGUGACCAUCCGGGAUGGAGUUGAUGAUACUAUGCUCGCUGUUCCCUCCUGUUAUUUUCCAUGAGCUGACCGUGACUUAUUCCUCUACUUGUCUGUAUCAAUAGUGUUGUGAGUAGCUGCUAGUAGUACUGUAGUCCCCAAUCGCUGCCUGAUAUGCCUCGUUUGAGCUCACUGCGA